GGAAACGUCAAGUCGAUACUCUUCGCAUUUUCCCGGAUGAACAUUUAAAAUGCAAUUGGUGAUCUUCCUGUGGAUGGGUCUUUUGACUGUUCCGCAGGCAAUCGCCUCGGAUGUAUGCACUGGUCAAAAUUUUGGAUAUAAAGCAGUUGAUUCAGACGAUCCACGUGCAUACUACCUUUGCCUGGGGUCGCUUGGCAAGAUCAGAAAUAAUUGCCCCGAAGGAUAUCAUUUCAACCUACUAUCCCAAAACUGCGUCAAGGACAUUAUUUCAAGCAAUCUUGCCAAACUAGAUAACGAAACUUUUGCACGAGAUGUCAAUUGUGCGCAAAAUGUGUUCAAUAUCUUUCAAAAUAUUUCAAUGGACCAUCCAAUAAUUUUUAAUAUCUUUGGCUCGCUAUGGCCCACGCCACCCAAAUCUCCACCAACAACAACAUCACCACCCGACCCUGACACUACUACCAACAAAGAUCUGUCUUCUACAACUGUAGAAGGCAUAAUCACGGAUGAUAUUUUAGCUGAAAUUUCUAUUUCAAGCUCUACGACAGAAAGUUCAAUGGUGAGCUCUACAGAAAGUUUCACUUCCACAGACAGUUCUAUUAAGAGUUCCAGUUCAAGCUCCGAGACUUCCUCAUCAAUAGAAGAGAGGUCCACAGAGAGUUCUACUGAGAUUUCCAGCUCAAGCUCCGAGAGUUCCUCCUCAACAGAAGACAGUUCCACAGAGAGUUCUACUGAGAGUUCCAGCUCUACAGAGAGUUCUUCCUCAACAGAAGACAGUUCCACAGAGAGUUCUACUGAGAGUUCCAUCUCUACAGAGAUUUCCUCAUCAACAGAAGACAGUUCCACAGAGAGUUCUACUGAGAGUUCCAGCUCAAGCUCCGAGAGUUCCUCAUCAUCAGAAGACAAUUCCACAGAGAGUUCUACUGAGAGUUCCAGCUCUACAGAGAGUUCCUCAUCAACAGAAGACAGUUCCACAGAGAGUUCUACUGAGAGUUCCAGCUCUACAGAGAGUUCCUCAUCAACAGAAGACAGUUCCACAGAGAGUUCUACUGAAAGUUCCAGCUCUACAGAGAGUUCCUCCUCAACAGAAGACAGUUCCACAGAGAGUUCUACUGAGAGUUCCAGCUCUACAGAGAGUUCCUCCUCAACAGAAGACAGUUCCACAGAGAGUUCUACUGAGAGUUCCAGCUCUACAGAGAGUUCCUCAUCAACAGAAGACAGUUCCACAGAGAGUUCUACUGAAAGUUCCAGCUCUACAGAGAGUUCCUCCUCAACAGAAGACAGUUCCACAGAGAGUUCUACUGAGAGUUCCAGCUCUACAGAAAGUUCCUCAUCAACAGAAGACAGUUCCACAGAGAGUUCUACUGAGAGUUCCAGCUCAAGCUCCGAGAGUUCCUCCUCAACAGAGGACAGUUCCACAGAGAGUUCUACUGAGAGUUCCAGCUCUACAGAGAGUUCUUCCUCAACAGAAGACAGUUCCACAGAGAGUUCUACUGAGAGUUCCAGCUCUACAGAGAGUUCCUCAUCAACAGAAGACAGUUCCACAGAGAGUUCUACUGAGAGUUCCAGCUCUACAGAGAGUUCCUCCUCAACAGAAGACAGUUCCACAGAGAGUUCUACUGAGAGUUCCAGCUCAAGCUCCGAAAGUUCCUCCUCAACAGAAGACACUUCCACAGAGAGUUCUACUGAGAGUUCCAGCUCUACAGAGAGUUCCUCAUCAACAGAAGACAGUUCCACAGAGAGUUCUACUGAGAGUUCCAGCUCUACAGAAAGUUCCUCCUCAACAGAAGACAGUUCCACAGAGAGUUCUACUGAGAGUUCCAGCUUUACAGAGAGUUCCUCCUCAACAGAAGACAGUUCCACAGAGAGUUCUACUGAGAGUUCCAGCUCUACAGAAAGUUCCUCUUCAACAGAAGACAGUUCCACAGAGAGUUCUACUGAGAGUUUCAGCUCUACAGAGAGUUCCUCAUCAACAGAAGACAGUUCCACGGAGAGCUCUACUGAAAGUUCCAGCUCUACAGAGAGUUCCUCAUCAACAGAGGACAGUUCCACAGACAGUUCUACUGAGAGUUCCAGUUCAAGCUCCGAGAGUUCAUCAUCAACAGAAGAGAGUUCCACAGAAAGUUCUACUGAGAGUUCCAGUUCAAGCUCCGAGAGUUCCUCAUCAACAGAAGAGAGUGUUACAGAUAGCUCUACUGAGAAUUCCAGUUCAAGUUCGGAGAGUUUGUCAUCAACAGAGGACAGUUCCACGGAGAGAGUUCCAGCUGAGAGUUCCAGCUCCACAGAGAGUUCCAUUUCAAGUUCGGAGAUUUACUCAUCAACAGCAGAGGGUUCCACAGAAAGUUCAACUGAGAGCUCCAGCUUCGAUGAUAUAGAAAAUUUGAGCACAAACUCGGAAUCAACUUCCACUGAAAUUUCCAGCUCGAGCUCUACCGAUCUUUCUAACUGGAGUUCAGAGACAUCUAUAGAGAAUCCCUAUUCCACCACAGAAUUACCCUCAGGACUCUUCGGAAUAAUUGGAGCUAAUUUAAAUUAUUUAACUAGUAGAGAUAUAUUGUUACUACUACUACAAAUUGGUUCGGAAUCAAGCUUCAACAAAGACUAUUUAAAUCAAGCCACAUUAAGUACUGAAGAGUAUGACGAAGGCGAUUCCUUUGAGCUUUCAUCGACCUCACCAGUGACUGAAUUUGAUAGCUCAACGGUGUCCUCAGUGUCUGAAGAAAUCUUCCUAAAUGGCGUUAAGCACAACAAUUUGAUCCCGAAGUUACAAGUAUUACUUCAAAUGGCAUUCAAGGAUGGCACAGUGAAUGGAAACUCAAAGGACUCAAUAAUAAGAAAGCUUCUAAAAGGAAAUCUACCAUCUGCCUCCACCAUGGAGGCAAGUGAAUAUUGUAAGAUAUUGCCAAAUGGUAGUCACUUGAGGGAUUCCAAGUCCUGCAACAAGUAUUAUGUGUGUGCAAGUCGUCGAGCGAUAUUCCGAAAGUGUCCCAAGAACCUCUACUUUGAUAUCAAAAAUAAGAUUUGUAAUUUUGCCUAUUUGGUAAAUUGUCACGAAGACGAAGAACUAGACUUCCCAUCAAGAUCUAUGUCUGAUGAUUUUGAGGAUGAAGAGUUAUCCAAUUCUGAGUUAACUGAAUCAGCUACAAGUUCCAACUACAUGCAAUACACAUCGGAGAGUUACUAUGAUGAAGUCUCUUCCAUCACAGAUAAAUAUGAAAGUUUGAUUAAUGGGGAGGACUCACAACUUGCCCCAGCAAUUUUACAAACAAAUGCAAAUGCUAACCAGAGACCUAGCAAAGAACCAUCUUCUGCAAAACAAACUGAACUAAUUAAUUUAUCUGAAUGCGACUUCUUACCAAAUGGUGCUUAUUUGAGAGAUCGAAAGGCCUGCAACAAGUUUUACAUAUGCAUUAAUGGAAGGGCUAUUUCAGGAAGCUGUCCCGGAAGUUUGUAUUUCGACUUUAAAAAAAAGGUCUGCGAUUCCCCCAAUCUCGUUAAAUGUGAUAUUGAUAGCGAGCAAAUUAUCAAUUCAAAGAAAUCUUCAAAUUUCACCAAUGUUUUGAGUGCCGCUGAAGGGAAUUUAAGUUUGGAAAAGGUUUCUAUAGACAAAUCCAAAACUGAUAUUUCACCAUAUCUCUCUUCUAAUUCCAAAUUGAAAGUUACUUUAAAAUCCCCAAAUUCUACUUUGAACCCCGACCGAGAAAAUUUCAAAAAUUUGUUAAUAAUUAAUUCCUCGACAAAUGUUAGUAAGAAUCCAUUUAAAGAAGAACAGUCUUUAUUGACACAGUCAGAUGUUGAGACACCAUGCAAUUGCCAGGGUUUGCCAAAUGGUGUAUUCUUGAGGGAUCCAGAAUCUUGUAUCAAGUUUUACGUCUGCGCAAACGGUAGUGCCAUACCUCGUAGCUGUCCAGGAAAUCUUUAUUUCGAUAUCAAGAAAAAGGUUUGCAAUUAUCCCAGUUUAGUAGACUGUUCGCUUGAUAAAAAUGGUAUCGUCAUCGCGAAGUCAUCCUUUAACUUACAUGUCGUUCAUGAGGAAACUGAUGAUGCAACGAAAAAGCUGUCUACGUUUAGGCCCGAUUGUAGUUCCGCAGCUAAUGGAGAUUAUAUUAGUGAUCCCAGGUCCUGUAACAAGUUCUUUGUUUGCGCCAAUGGUCGUGCUAUACCGCGGCAAUGUCCCAAAGGUCUUUAUAUCGACACUAAGCUGAAGUACUGCAACUUCCCCAGUCAAGUGAAAUGUUCAAUUGGUAGUAAGGAAAAUUUGUCAAAUUUUUCUUUAAUCAAUAGAGGAGAAACUAGAUUGUAGCGAUAAGGUGGAAGGUUUCAUUAUGUGUGAUUCAAAGCUAUGUAAUAAGUAUUACGUUUGCGUAAAUGGAAAUCCAGUUACACAUUUCU